AUGACGACCGAAGCACUAAAACCCGACCCGGCAAAGGCCAUCGAGGCCAUCCGCGAAGCCCGUCCGCCCGCUACCGACCGAUUCACAUACCUGACGAUUGUGGAAGCCAAUCUCAUCCCAGAAGUGCUGCCGGCACUCAACGAGGUGCUCCAGGACCCCGAGCUUACCCAGGAAAUAGGCUGGGACCUGGUGUUUGGCCUUGUUGGGCUACCUGGCUCGGAAGAAUGUCUCGAGACUAUCGCCCGCCUGGGAAACCCCCGGGAGGUGAUCUUGAAGGUGCUGGAAACGCUGGCGCUGCUCGAUGCUGAACAAACGGAAGAAGAAGUUGCAGAGGCGGAAGAAGAGGAGGAGGAGGAGGGAGGAGAUCAAGACGCAGCAAACGGAAAACAAACACAAAAGUCAGGAGGAUCCCCCGUCGUUUCGUCCACGCACAAGUUCAUCACCCUCCUCGGCAUGCUCGCCAUCCUGCACAAACGGAUCAACACCAAAUACCCCAGCCGCUUUCUCGCCCAGACCUUGCAGACUGUCUACAGCACGUACCGGCCGACCCCCGACAUGACCGCGUCCGUCCUCAACCUCGUGCACAGCCUGUCCGGCCAGCGUCGGCCCCCGCUCCCAUCACGCAAGUCGAGCGUCAAUGUCGCCAACCCGGACCAGACCGGCGAUGCUAGCAAGAAUGCGCCGGACCCGGAAGCUGACCGUGGCGACGAGCGUGAGGACCCGGAUGAGACGGAGUUGCAGCAGAAGUUGCUGCUGAGCUUUGCGACGUGUAUUUUGGAGGCGUACACGAAUGGGAAUGAGUUGGAGUGGGCGGCGAGGUUGCUGGAGUUUUAUAAUCCGGAGAAAAUUGUGCCGGGGAGGAGGACGUUGAUGGCGGCGUUUAGGGAGGAGCAGGAGUUGUUGUCGCGGGAUUCAAUUGUGGGGAAGUUGGUGGCACUUAUCGGAGAUCUCGGUCUCGACUCUUGUUCCAAGUCCUUCAUCCAACAGAUCUUCGAGGGUCCAAUGCACAGCAACCCACUCGAGGAACCGGACCUGACCAGCCCUUCCAAGAUCGCACUCUCUACCGGCGGUAGUGUUUGCUUGGUAGCGUACUGGGUCUUCUCGUCGACCGUCUUCGACUCCAAACACCCGGAACCCGAGAUGCGCGUCUUCCCCGAGCACUUUGCAAUCCUCGACAAAUUCCUCCAGGACGAUGCCCACGCCCAGAUCCAGAGCUCCGUCGGAACCAUCGAAGCUCUCGUCACCAUCGGCCUCUGGCUGCAGUCCAACAACCUCCUCAGCACCAACCCUACCUCCCCCCUAACCAACCCAACCACCUCACCAGAGGACCCCACCUCGGAUUUCAUGCGAUACAUCCACCUAACAACCCUCAUAGCGCUGUACCACCCGGCAAUCCAAGUGCGCAACGCCGCGAGCGUUCUCGCCGGGCUGAUCUUACACGCCGAUCCCGAGGAGGAAGACAGACUUAAAGUUCUGGAGGAUCUCCUCGAGAACUGCAUGUUUGCAACCCUCAAAGCGAGGGCUGUGGCUUGGCUGCGCGAGGAGUUGAUAUCUGCCUCAACACCCUCGCCGUCAAAACCGCCGCAGCAAACAACCCUCUUCGCCACGCCCCAAGCCCUCGAGGCAGUCCAAUACUCCGUCUUCCCCCCGCUCGCUCACCUCCGUACUCUUGUCACCGCCGACGUGGUCGAGUAUUUGAGUGCCAACGCCCCCUUUCUCAUCCAAGCUGCCAACUUUGCGCUGUUCCUCUUUGGUGGUGGCAGCUCGGCAAUAUCAUCAACAUCAACUACCACCACCACUACCAACGAAAAAGCAGCAGCAGCAGCAGCAGCAGGAGCAGCAGAAAAAGAAGAACCAAGCAAAAAACCACAAUACAGAUGGGCCCACAUACUCCCCAACAACAUGGAAGCGACGGUGCGCGAGCGGUGGUUGGAACCCCUGCGGGAGGCGGCGGAACGGGUGGAAAAGGAGAGGGUGUCGGGGGAGUUGGAGAAGGAAGGAGGGGUUGGUGAUUUGGGGCCGUUGGGUGGGGAAUUGGAGGUGUUGAGGGAUAGGGUGGGGAGGUUUGGUGUUGGGGUUGGUGCGCAGGCUUGA